AUGGCUAUCUCGAACGGGCUCACUGAUCGCACUGCCGGCACGUCCAAGUGUCUCCCGACUCAUACCCCUGGCGAAUGUUUCUGGCAAACAGCUCGCGAUGAUCUCAGUGACCACCGAUCAACUGAACAGCUCCCCGAACACAGUGACAUCGCGAUCAUUGGCGCAGGAUAUGCAGGUGUGAGCGCAGCGUAUCAUCUUGUCAAAGAUGGUGACGGAUCCAGGUCUAUUGCGAUCCUGGAAGCUCGAGGCGCGUGUUCGGGGGCAACUGGCCGCAACGGUGGUCACUGCAGACCUGAUUUCUAUGGCCACAUCCCCACAUAUAUGGACCGCGCAGGUGAUAGAGCUGGAGCAGAAAUUGCUGAGUUUGAGAUUGCCAAUCUUCGUGCCUUGAAGAAGGUUAUCGAGCAAGAGAAGAUCAAUUGUGAUUUUACUCUGGCGCGGUCCGUUGAUGUGUGGUGCAACGAGGAGUCUGCCAAGAAAGCCAAGGCCGUCUAUGAUAAGAUGGUCGCUGCAGACUUUGAGUAUAUGGAAGAUGCCGUUUUUUAUACUGGCGAGCAAGUCGAAGGGAUCUGCGGCGUCAAAGGCGCUAAGGCCUGCGCAAGCUUCACUGCCGGCACAAUGUGGCCUUUCAAAUUUAUCAUGCACCUCGUCAAAGACCUUCUUGCAGCUGGUGUAAAUCUACAAACACAUACCCCGGUCACCUCUAUAACCUCGGACCCACAAGGUGGCUUCAUUGUGGAGACACCUCGAGGCAAGAUGCAUGCAGGGAAUGUGAUCCACGCCAACAACGCCUAUGUUUCAGGUCUGCUCCCAGAGUACGCUAAGAGCAUUAUCCCCUGCAAGGGAAUUUGCUGUCGCAUCACGGUCCCCGAAGGAACUACCGCGCCCCUUCUCAACAACUCAUACAUUAACCGAGCAGAAGACAACACACUUUCAUAUUUCGUCCCUCGAGCCGAUGGCAGUAUCAUCGUAGGUGGCGCUGCCAACGUGUUCCGCCCACAUAAAAGCCAGUGGUAUGACAAUGUGGAUGACAGCGUCCUGAUUGAUUCUGCAAAGAAUUACUAUGAUAACUAUAUGCAGCGCACGUAUCGCGGAUGGGAGGACACUGGGGCCAAGGUUGACAAGAUAUGGACUGGUGUCAUGGGCUAUUCAUAUGACUCGAAUCCUCACAUUGGGCACGUUCCCCAGAAGGAUGGUCAGUUCAUUCUGGCUGGCUUCAACGGUCAUGGUAUGCCAGUGAUUUGGCUGGCGGCGAAGGAACUUGCCAAGAUGGUUUCCAAGGGCCUUUCUUUUGAGGAUACUACGAUGCCUCGCCUAUUUCAGACCAGUCAGUUCCGUAUUGACCGUGCACAAGCUGGAAAGGAGGAAGAUGGAGAUAUUAUUGGCACUGGUAGCUUUGCUGCGACGAGACCUUGA